AUGACCUGGAACAGAAUGCCCGAACAAAUUGCCCAUUUUACCUCAAAGCCUAUAAGCUAUGGGCCAUUAGCCCUGGAUGCCUUACUCUUUGGCCCACUGACUACACCUUGGUGUGAUGUGGGCUCCAAUGAAGCCAACGAUUGGAGGGUCCUUCUUCUCCUGGCAUCUGUCAAUGCUCGCCACCGCCGCUUUAUCUUUUUGACCCUCUUCUAUGCUCUCAGCGGUCUUCAAUACCAUAAUUGGGAGCACAGUACUUUGAUCAACGACUCGUUUGCCUUCUUGACCCCUGCAGCACAGGUGUGUAAUUCGUGGUUCACAUACCACCUCUUCGACACUGCUUUCACUUCCAAGUUUCAUGUGGAGUAUGGUUCGCUGGACGUGGCGACGCAUUGGCCGUAUUUGUUCAAUGCCCAUGUCCACGUCUCUGCAUUGUUCCUUGCGUAUACCACGGUGAGGAAUGUAGUUAGAUUAAGCGAUCUAGAUGAAUGA